GCGCAGCGGAGGGCGGCGCGGGCGGCAUGGGGACUGCAGCGGCGGCUGCGGCGGCCGGGGAGGGGGCGCGCGGCCCGAGCCCCGCCGCCGUGUCGCUGGGCCUGGGCGUGGCUGUGGUGUCGAGCCUAGUGAACGGGUCCACGUUCGUGCUGCAGAAGAAGGGCAUUGUGCGCGCUAAAAGGCGAGGUACUUCCUACUUAACAGACAUCGUGUGGUGGGCUGGCACAAUUGCAAUGGCUGUUGGCCAGAUUGGGAACUUCCUGGCUUACACUGCGGUCCCUACAGUCCUGGUAACUCCCUUGGGUGCCCUUGGAGUACCGUUUGGGUCUAUUUUAGCUUCUUAUCUUCUGAAGGAAAAGCUCAACAUCCUGGGCAAGUUGGGGUGUCUGCUGAGCUGCGCAGGCUCUGUCGUGCUGAUCAUCCAUUCCCCAAAGUCGGAGAGUGUGACCACUCAGGCUGAGUUGGAGGAGAAGCUGACCAAUCCAGUGUUUGUGGGCUACCUGUGCAUUGUGCUGCUCAUGCUGCUGCUGUUGAUCUUCUGGAUUGCACCAGCCCACGGGCCCACCAACAUCAUGGUCUACAUCAGCAUCUGCUCCUUGCUGGGGAGUUUCACUGUGCCUUCCACCAAGGGCAUUGGGCUGGCAGCCCAAGACAUCUUGCACAACAAUCCAUCCAGUCAGAGAGCCCUCUGCCUGUGCCUGGUGCUCCUGGCUGUCCUGGGCUGCAGCAUCAUUGUCCAAUUCAGGUACAUCAACAAGGCCCUGGAGUGCUUCGACUCCUCUGUGUUUGGGGCCAUCUACUACGUUGUGUUUACCACACUGGUCCUACUGGCUUCAGCCAUCCUCUUCCGGGAGUGGAGCAAUGUGGGCCUGGUGGACUUCUUGGGCAUGGCCUGUGGAUUUACAACUGUCUCCGUGGGAAUUGUCCUUAUACAAGUGUUCAAAGAAUUCAACUUCAACCUUGGGGAGAUGAACAAAUCCAAUAUGAAAACAGACUAAGAUGCAUCAAGGGAUGGGGGCUUGAGGAACAGGCAUUGGAGGGGGUCUGUGGUUCUUACUACACGUCAAGUAGAAGAGACUCUCAGUGAGAGUUGCCUGUGUACUGAUAAUCUAGUGGACGAUAGGCUUUGCACCAGGGUGAGAGGUCCAGACCUCUGGAGCACAGAGCUCCCAGUGGUUGUUUGGGUGUAAACUCUCUGAUGAGACAAAUUCUGUUUUCAUUUCCAUUAACCUAGAAGCUUUCAUUAAUUACUUGUUUAAAACAUUUUAACAUGAUUUACCAGAAAAUAAGGAUGAGGUCUUUCUAGUUAGUCUUUGUAGGGGAGCAGAUGUUUUUAGAGUACCUUGAAAAAGGAAGUGAAAUCUGGCUCUGUACAGUAAACGUGAGUGACCUUGUACUUUUGUGAAGCAUGUAUAGCAUUCAGGUAUUUUACUCAAAUAAGUGGUAUGUGAAUCAAGUUGUUUUUAGUCCUUUAACAACCUGACUCUCCUACAUGUACCCCAAAGGUGAGGUAAGCAGAGAGAGAAGAGUUAAUGACAGUGACGAAGAGUUCCAUUGACAGGGUGACUUUCUGAUAGCUCAAAUCAAUUUUAGUGCCUUUAUCAUUUGAAUUAUUCACUUAAUUUAACUAUUACUUUGUAUAUGUUAACUGUUCUAAUUACAGAUACAUAAAGUAGUUAGAAAAUGUUCAAUGGAAGAUAGUGAAAACUAAAGAUACAGAAAAUUUGAAAAGUGACCCAGUUGUAUAUUGUCAUCCAAUUAAGGACAACUGAUUAAGUACGAAGAGAUAUUUAAUUACUUAAUUUGUAUUUAACCUCUGUUACUUGGAUCCAUGAUGAAAAACACCUGCUUUCUGCUUCAGGCAGUAUUGUGUCCAUUCAGAAGAAAUAAACUAUUAAACUUGACACUAAGGUUGUUACAUUAGAGAAUGUCUCUUUAGUACACACUGCAGUUUAGUAAAAGCGCCUCAGUACGGAAACACAAUUUAGGACUGUUUCUACAGAGUGUAAUGUGUACUUUCUAAGGGGGUUUCUAGCAGAGAUGAAAACAAUGUAGCCUUUUUUGAAAUGGUAGAACCUUCUGUACUUUCUUACUGAGCCUCUUUCUAAGCCUUCUGACUGUAUGCAAGGUCCUGGGCUUGAUACCCAGCGUCAAAGAGAAACAACAAAACAACCUUCUUAAAUGGAAAAUAGCUCUUAAUCCUGCAGUAUUUUAGAUCAGAAAUGAUCCUUCUGUCCAUAGUAAGCUUCCUGUGCAUUAAAUUGGAGCAAGGUACAAGGUGACACAGUAUAGUAUCAUAUUAUGAUAUGCCAUAUUAGGAUGUUGUGUAUUCCACCUGUUUUGUUUUAUCUGAAUGGAAUAGACCAAGUUAAGACAAAUGGGCUUGGAUAACUAAGUUAGGUGAGGUAGAACAUAAAUUUUAAUAAUACCCAAUUAAACUUCUCACUAAGACAAAAAUGUGCUUUUCCGGAUAGAAAGGGCAUUUUUAAAGUAAAGACUCAAAGAAUAGACAGAUGUUGGUGGCAUAUGCUUUUAAUCCCCAGAGGCAGGCAAGCCUCUGAGUUUGUGACCAGCUUGGUUUACAGAGCAAGUUCCAGGACAGCCAGGGCUGCACAGAGAAACCCUGUCUCAAACCUGCCCGCCCCCCAAAAGACCAAAUGAUAGUUCACUGAAAUGUAGAAAAAAAAAGAGUAAGUAAAAUACUAGUUUAGCAUAAAGAAAUCUAGUUUCUGACCAUUUGUCAGACUCAAUAAAUUGGAAGCAUGAAUUAUGAUCUUGGUGUUUCAGUCAGUAAUUUGUGAAGAACAGCAACAAAGUGAUUUAAACCGUUGAAAACCUUGCAUAAAGCAGUAGUAAAUGGUCAAGUUCACUCUUCUUUUGAUCAGCUCUUGAAUUUUUUUAAUUACUAGGAUCUUUAGGAAUAUAAAACUUAAUUUAUUGAACAGAACAUAAGUGGAAAGUGUUAUGCAGCAGGAUCUGUAUAAUUUUAGUACAAAGGUUUCUGAAGUAAGAAUAUAGCUAUACUAGUACAGUGAUGGCAUUUAUAGUAUGGAAAUUACCUUGUUCAUUUUUGCUGCUUACCAUGGAACUUAGUUUAAAUGCACCUGUUGAGAUACCUGAAAUUUUGAUCCACAAUAAAACCAUGACUAUCCAAAGGCUAAGACUUUGUGCAUAAAGCAAAAAUUUGUUGUAUUAAUACUUCUCCUAAUGUGCUAGAACAGCCAGAUCACCCAGAUUUACAUCUGGUCAGCAGAUCGCUUCAGUAGGUUGUAUGCUCUUGUUCUAGAAGAACAAGUUAUCACUCGCUGUUAACUUCCAAAUAACAAUCAUGAAUAGGGCCUAAUUUUCAAAUUUGAUAUAGUACCCAUGUAUGUAUACUUGCUAUUUUACAAACUCAGUUUUUCACAAUUCACUUGGAAAUGCAAAAGAAAAUAAAAAUUUUCAAGUCAGAGUCCUGGGGGAAAAUUUAGAAUGCAAAAGAAUCUCUUACUGGUCUCUCUAAGGAAAACAUGCCUACUAUGUACUUUUCCCCAAGUCUUUUUUUUUUUUAAGAUUUAUUUAUUUUAUGUAUGCGUACACUGUUGCUGUCUUCUGACACACCAGAAGAGGGCAUUGGAUCCCAUUACAGAUGGUUGUGAGGCACCAUGUGGUUGCUGGGAAUUGAACUCAGGACCUCUGGAAGAGCAGUCAAUGCUCUUAACCACUGACCCAUCUCUUCAGCCCUCCCCAAGUCUUUAAAAUCAUCAAAAUAAAAAAAAAUUGGAACAACUUCGAGAAUUACUCUUGGAAGACAUUUAGGCCAUUUCUCCCCUCCUCUUCUUGGACUGUGCCCUUGCUCAUAAAUAACUUUACAUUUGAAAAGGCUGUUUCCUGUUGUAAGUACUGAUCAAGUAUAAGAUCAGUUAGGGGUUCCUACUGGAAUCCAGAUCCAGAUCCAAAGGCUGUGUGUGUGUGGUGUUCUAGAAGAGGAAGACAUAACUGCCCACACUGGGACCUGUGAAGAGGAACUGUUUCUCCACUGUCCUUGCUGAUCACUGAGACUAUCACUAUAGUUGUUUCUAUUAGAAUAUCAAUAAAACAUAUUUUGCUGCUCUCUGUUCAGCUACAAGAUUCCAUUUCUUCUGUUUAAGCCAUUUUGUUCUGCCUAAUUUUAUUUUUUAAAUAAUCACAGGAAUAAUAUAUUGAUCUUUUCCUUUUAUUGAGUUUCACAUCUUUUUUUUUUUUUUUUUAAUCUCUUGUUGUGGUACUAGGAAAUUCCGACAUGGGAAUUAUGCAUGCUAGGCACGAGUUUCCCUCAAGCUAGGUCCCUAGCCUGCUUGUGUCUACUUUUGAUAGAACCAUGAUCAAGCCUGCAGUCAUAGAUCCUCUUCCUUAGUUCCUAAUGGUCCAGUUCUUGGUCAGUGCUGUGCUGAACUUUUAGAAGCUGGUCUCUAGGCUUCUGUAAAGUACUCAGAUGUAGUGACUUUUAGAUGUAUAAAAACAGAUGGUCUGUUGAAACAAGUAUUAGUGAGCAUAGACUACUGCCACUGCAUAAUUUUUUCUCUUUAUCCCCUUAAGAGGAUCUUGUUGUGUAUCCCAGGGCAGCCUUGGACUGUAUUUCCUCGCCUCUCCAAUGCUGAGAUUACAGGCAUAUGUCAUUACACUGGGCCUUCUGCAUAUUCACAGUUUUCGUUAGCAGUGAUACUUUUAUUCCAGACUUAUCUAGCAGAGCAGUGCUCCUCUUAAAUACCUACUAGGUCUUGGUCAGUAUUCCUGUGAUCUUUAAAAGACCUCAUGACUGUAUGAAUUAGAUCUAAGGAAUUAUUCUCAGUGUGUCUGACACAAAGGAGCUUGUUAGUCUGUUAAGCAGGACUGGAGAGAAUCUUGGUGUUAAGCCUUCUCAGGGACCAAAACUGUAUUAUCAGUUCCUUAGUAUAGACUUUCUAAGGACAUAGCCACAUUUUUUUCCCUAUGUUUUACUUAUAUUCACUGCUAGAUUCUGUCAAAUUGAGUUGGCAAAAGGCUAUUCGGCACGCCAGUCACACCAUAAGCCAGUUUACUACAUAGAAGGCCUAAACAUUUUGUAUUUCUUACUUAGACAUGACAAUUGUCACUGGUGAAUUUUAGGAGUCUGUUAUUUUGAUCAUAAGUGAUUUUUCACAUCUGGCAAGACUCGUAUAUUGUGUUAUCCAUUCAAGAAGAUUAAGAUUAAGACUUACAGGAAUAGUAAUGAGCAUCUGGCCCAGUAUCACUACUCAUUUUUUAUCAUACACAUUUCUCAUAUGCAAUUAAAUGCAGCAAAAGAAUAUUUUUAAAAGUAACAGCUGUUGAAUCAAAAGACAUCUAUUUAAAAAUCGAUAUUAUGUAGAAAAAAAUGACCAUGUAAAUAAACAUCUAUUUCAAAUGUACCCAAGGUAAUUUAAAAGUACAGUUAUAAGUCCAUGGAGUCAGGAUGGAUUUAUUUAUUUGUUUGUUUGUUUUUAAAGAUUUAUAUUUAUUUCAUAUUAUAUGGGCAUUUUCCUGCAUGUAUGUAUGUAUGUAUGUUGUGCCACCUGCAUGCAGUACCCACCAAGGCUAGAAGAGUGUGGAAGAGCCCUUGGAACUGGAGCUUCUGCAGGUUGUGCUCUGUCAUGUGGGCCCUGGGAACCCAACCUGAGCCCUCUGCAAAGCAGCAAGUGCUUUUAAGCACCAAGCCAUCCCUCCAGUCCCAGAGGACUCAUUUUCCCCCCAAUUUCUCCUGAUUUGUGAAAAUAUAUGUGAGUUUUUUAACCUUUCUGUGCCUCAGUUUUUCUACCUCGAAAGUUGUAGGAAGGUUCUCCAAAAUUAAUUGAUUCUAAACUGAGAGUACAUUCAGUAACUCUGGAAACUGAAGGUAGGAGCACCAUACUCUGAACUGCUCUGGAAGCUUGCAGACACUGGAGUCUGAUCCAGACUGUGAUGUAGAGCAUGUAGCCUUGAACACCAAACAAGUAAGGGGAACACUGGGUAUAAAGUUUGCAUGACCCCAUAAGACUUUAAUUUUGUUUUAAGGGUUUACAUAUUUUGUUGGAGAAGGAGGAAUAAAACAUGGACUUCAAAAAAUAAUGGAAAGACCAAAUUAUGAUGCAUUCCUUUGUGUUCUACUUUGGGCUGUAUGCUGUAUGUAUAGCCCUGUGUGUCCCAUCGAUUCUGUUGCAUUGAAUUUCUCAUGAGACAUACUGAACUACCUGCUUACCAGGGCACCUUAGCCCUGAUACUCAGUGAUCUGAUGCCAGGCAAAUGUCAGGAACUCCCGAAACACUAAUGCCAAAGAGUCACCUUGACGAAUUCAGAAUGCUUCUUUUGUCACAGUACCUUGCAUUUCACCCCAUCAGUGUUUUUGCACUUUACAAAAGUUUAAAGGUGUGGCAUUUCGGUUGUAAUCCUGGUUUUGCUUUUUGAAAGGAUAAUUAUUACUUCCUCAUGAGAUGAAUAUAACGAGAAGAACAAAAUAAAAAGAAUGCCGAAUGUUGGUUGCGUGAAAGCUUUUUCACAUAAAUGUAUGUAGUAGGGGAAAAUGUUUCCAGUUAGUACACACAUAUUUAUCAGUGUCUAAGACUUGCUUAUAUUUUGCUUCAUAGAAGUAGUCAUAGCAUGUUAUAAUUGCCUUAUGUAGAUAAAAAAGGCUCUUAAGUUUUACAAUAAUAUUUAUUAUUCUGUAUAUGUUUUAAAAUAAAGUAACAUUUCUAGCUGA